AUGUCAACAAUCCAACCACCCCCUCGCAUCAACUCCAUCCGCUCCCCCCUCUCCUCCACACAAAUCCCGACCCUCAACUCCAACCACACGCACCCCCAUCCGCACCGCCACCCACCCUCAACCCUCCUCCACCAACCUUCGGACUCCCCAAAACGCUCAAUUUCAUACACCGCUACGCCAACUGAUACACACCCUGGUACCCCUGUCCCCUCUUCAUCUGCCAUCGCCACCGCCGCCACCCCUGCCCCGGCAGGUAGCAGCAGUAGCAGCAGCAGCAGCAUCACCGGCACUGGGAGCACAGCAACAGGCCACCAGAAGGAAAAACACGACGACCUGACCUGCGACCAUAAAGUGAAAGGAGCGCUCACGGAGCUGCUAAACGACGGAUCCGUGAAGGCAGAUGAGCGGGGACGGCGAUCGGUGCAGCGGCUUUUGAUGGAGACGGAGCGGGAAUUGAGGACGCAGCGGAGGGAGAGCUUGAGUUUGAGUGGGAAGACACAGGGGAAGCGGAAGGGGAGGACGAGAGGGGAGGAGUCGGGGAUGAGGCCGAUGGGAUCUGGUGAUGCAUCUGGGUCUGGGAAUGGGUCUAUUGUCAAGAGAGGUGUUGAUGGGGAUGGAGAAGGUUGA